CAUAAUUCCGUCCAAGUACUUGCAAUUGCUUUCAACACACCGAGUUGAAUGUUCUAGUUACCAUUUUCUCAACAAAUAAUUAAUGGAGGCAUUCUUGGACGAGUUUCAACAUCUUAAAAUCCAACUCAAAGAGGUAAAGUCAGCCACCGGAAACUUUGAUGACAGCAACAUAAUUGGGAGAGGUGGAUUUGGGAAGGUGUACAAAGGAGUACUCUCUCUCCCUAAGGGACAAAGCAUGGUUGCUUUUAAGCGUCUAGAUCGUAACUAUGGGCAAGGUGACCCUGAGUUCUGGAAAGAGAUCCUGAUGCUUUCUCGUUACACACAUGAAAAUCUCAUAUCUCUCUUGGGAUUUUGUGACGAAGAUGGUGAGAAGAUCCUGGGAUACGAGCAUGCAUAUCAUGGAAGCCUUGAUCGUCAUUUAAGCAACACUACUCUCACAUGGAGUCAUCGUCUCAAAAUAUGCCUUGGGGCUGCGACCGGAUUGUGCUACCUUCAUGAUCCCAAGGAGACACGAGAAAGAGUUCUACAUCGUGAUAUUAAAAGUUCCAACAUCUUACUGGAUGAGAAUUGGAAUGCUAAAAUUUCUGACAUGGGAUUGUCGAAAAUUGGACCUGCAAAUCAGAAACACACAUUUCUAGUGUCCAAUGCUGUUGGUACGUUUGGAUAUGUAGAUCCGAUGUGUGUGGAGAUGAGCAUCCUAACUAAAGAGUCAGAUGUAUAUUCUUUUGGCGUGGUCUUGUUUGAAGUGUUGUGUGGGAGACUAUGUUUUGAAAAUAACAAUAAUCAUUUUCAGAGUUUAGUGCCAAUGUGGAAAAAGAGUUUCAAACAAAAAAAGUUAGAUGAAAUCAUCUUUGAAGAUCUAAAACAUCACAUUGGUAUGAGGUCAUUGGAAACAUUUUCAGACAUUGCCUAUCGAUGUUUGCAGAAAUCUCGUGAAAAACGACCAAAGAUGUCUCAUGUUGUGGAAAAACUUGUGAUUGCACUUUGGUUUCAGGAGAUUUCCGAAGAGGUGGAACAACCAUUCGACUAUGAAGAUAUGAGUAAAACUGCGGCACCUCCUUUGCUCUACAGAUCCAAAGAGGAACUAAAGUUGCUUCUCUCCGAAGGAAUCUUCGUCAAUGGGGGCAAAACGUGGUUUUCGUUAGAUAAGAAUGGAAAUCACCUCGAAAUGAUACCUGCAGCAGAAUGUUUGAUUCCUAUUGACGUAGUACCUCCUGUGCGUGCUAAUUAUGAUCGAGAUAAAGCAAUAUAUAAAGAGGUCUACACUAUGCCGUAUUGUUCUAAAUUUAAAACACAUGUGAGAACACAAUUUUUGUCACUAAAUAUCACAUACACAGUAAACCUUGUGUGUAGUCUUGGCUCGAAAAGUAAGGAAUAUGUAGGAGUUGAUUACAUAUUGGCUGGGGAGACAAAAUCAUCGACUGCAUACUUUGCACAUAAGAGAGAAGAUGGGCAUCUGAUGGCUGAAUUGUAUCAGUUUACUAGCGACAGGAGAAAUGUUGAUCAUGAAAUUACAUUUGAAUGCCAAAAACCAUUGGCAGUAGAAGGCAUCGAAUUUCGGCCUCAGGAGAGAGUGGAGUAUCAAGUGUUAGAAGAAAAGGAGGUGGAUAUACAAACCAAAUCACAUUCCGACACAAAUUGGGAAAAAAAUUUGCCAAGUGAUCAUCAAGACAUCAUCAAGUGUUCAAAAGAUAGUCUACAAUGGACAACAAAGAAGGAACUCUACUAUAUUCUUUGCAAAGGGUUCCCAAUCAAUGAUGGUGAAGAGUGGUUUUCACUUGAAAAAAAUGGGAAGAAAUGUCAUAUGCUAUCGGCAAGAAUGGCUUUAGGAAUACGAGAUUGGAAAUGGAGGUCAUCACCUGAUUCGAGAUUUGGGAAAGUGGCUUUUGGUCCUCGUGGCGGCUUUUGGAUAGACUGCAGACCCAAAAUGUUGUCACCUCAAACAACAUAUGCAAUUUACCUUGUUUACAAGUUGGAAGAAAACCAUUAUGGAUUUGAGCCUCCUGUUCAUAAAAAACCCCACAACCCAUUGGAUAGACCCAAAAGGAAAGGUCGUCCACAACAAAGGAAUGAUGGUUGGUUGGAAGUACAAGUAUGGGAAUUUCAAACUGGUACUACAAUUAAUGAGAUUAACAAGUAUCUUCGAUUGACCCUUUCUGAAAAUGAGUCGCUUAAAGGGCUUAUUGUGGAAGGCAUCGAGUUUAAACCAACAUAG